AUGUUGUUGUGUUAUAGAGUUAAACAACGACCAUGGUCGAACGAUGUAGAAGAAUUCGUGCUUCCUAAUGAUGAAGAUGAAUUUGUAUCGACAACAGAAAGAACAACAUCUAUUGUUGAAGUAGUGAUUGAUAUUUCAGAUGAAGCAAUAACGACUCCAUCAAUUAAAGGGAAAAACAAUGACUGUUCUAUUUGUAUUGAAGAAAUUAAGCAUUGGGAGAUGUUUUUGAUUUUUCCAAUUUGUUGUCAUAGGUUUCAUUAUGCUUGUAUUAGGCCUUGGUUAGAAGAAAAUAAGACAUGUCCUAUGUGUCGUACUCAUGUUCGUGAUGCACCUUUGCAAUAUGCUGGGGAUGACGAUGAUUUAAAGGAGGACGAUAAUCAUCAAGAUUUACAGUCCAGUGAAAUAGUUUGA